CAAAUUACAAAAGAGGAAUUCUGGCGGUCGACCAGAACCAAACUUGAAAGACCUCACGUCCCUCGUACGGUCACUGGAAAAAAGGCAUGGCGAUGACACCUCUUCGUUCAAUCGUGCUUCUUCUGUUGUUUGCUCCGUGCAUAGCCCAGGAACAUUUCACAAACCACACAAAGGGUUUCUGCAUCUGGUAUAAUCAGUGUACCACUGGAGAUAAACCACUUAACUGCUUCUACAAUGGACCCGCCAAAAAUUUAACUGAUCCGGAAGGCGUGCAGAUACUGAACAGUUUAUGUCCUGAAUUAACUGGUCAACGUACUUGUUGUUCGACCCAACAGCUGGUGGCGUUGCACAAGAACCUAAAAACGAUGCUGGAGCUUACUAAUCGUUGUCCUGCUUGCUGGAACAACAUCAGGAGGCUGUACUGUCAGCUGACAUGCAGUCAGGAUCAGUCCCUUUUCACGAAUCCCAAUUCUUUCAUUCCAGUGUCGGAAGGAAAAGAGGCCGUUCUUAGCGUAGAGUACUUCGUGUCAUCCCAAUUCAAACAAGGAUUGUUCGAGUCCUGCAAGGACCUAACCCUUGAGGGUUACACUGACUUAAAAUUGUUCUGCGGUACGAUGGGGCGUUGGUGUACCACAAAAAGUCUGAUCCAUUAUAUGCAAAGCGCGGAAAGUGGACUGGCACCAUACGCUUUUGAUAUCUACUUCCCUGACAUAUUACCUAGAAAACUGUCGUGGAUGAACGAAACUACUUUCAAAUGCAACAAGCCUUUUAUCGAUCCGCAAUCGAACAAGACAACAAGUGUUUGCAGCUGUCAAGACUGUGUCGGCUCCUGCCCGAGGCGAUCAGAACAGUUGAUCAUAACAUCUACGCACCCCACCCCAGCAGGGUAUCACAGGUAUGGAGAUGAGAAGUGGAUUCCUUUUGGGCCAAUUUUUCACUUGGAUCUCUUAAACCAGGCGUUGGAUCUUCAAGAUGCUAUUACGAAAUUGAAAGUGUCGUUUGGGGAUUCUAGCAUUACCUUCGAGGACAUUUGCUUUAAAACGAAGGGCCACCAACCUUUUGCUCCUAAUACGACUGAACAAUGCGAAAUCCAAAGUGUGUUCCAGUAUUUCCAGAAUAACAAGACGAAGUUGAACAAAUGCUUGACUAGCAUGGGCUAUAAUUGUGACGAACCAAAUAUUACCGACUUCAGAGCUGCUGACUUCCACGAUCAUCUAUUGACUUGCACGAGAUCUCCCUCGAGUUUAAUGGAUUACAGACUCAAAGAACCUUGCAUCAGCGUGUUUGGAGGUGCUAUAGACCCUAAACUUGUACUAGAUGGCUUCCCCAACGAUGCAUAUUAAAACGCAACAACCUUGAUCAUUACCUUUGCGGUAAAUAAUUACAAGGAUGAAAGCAAGCUGGCAGAAGUAAUUACUUGGGAAAAGGCUUUCAAGGAGUUCAUGACACAUUAUGUAAAUA